GAGUCGCACAAUUAUGAAAAAGCAACCUUCCGUUGGAGCUGCAGCCGAAGCGGAUCUCUCCAGCGUCCACCGGGCUUUCCUUCCAAGGCUAACCGAGAGCACCGCCGAUAGAUGGAUAAAAGCCACGACGGAGCUCUUCCUGAUUCUCAACGGUGAAGAGGAUGUCCCAGAAACCCUGGAUAGAAAGCACUUUCACCAAGAGGGAAUGUGUGUACAUACUUCCAGUGUCAAAGGACCCCCACAGAUGCCUUCCAGGAUGCCAGAUUUGCCAGCAGCUCGUCCGAUGCUGUUGUGGGCGGCUGGUGCGGCAGCAUGUUGGCUUCACAGCCAGCUUGGCCACCAAGUACUCGGAUGUGAAGUUGGGUGAAAAUCCCAACCUGCCGGAGCUGGAGGAGUGGUCGGUGGAGAAACACACAGAAGCAAGCCCCACUGACGCCUAUGGUGUCAUCAACUUCCAGGGAGGGUCUCAUUCAUACAGAGCCAAGUAUGCACGUCUGUCCUACGACACGCGGCCUGACAGCAUCCUGCGGCUGAUGCUGAAGGAGUGGCAAAUGGAGCUUCCCAAGAUCCUCAUCUCUGUCCACGGAGGAGUUCAGAACUUUGAGCUUCACCCUCGCAUCAAGCAGGUGGUGGGGAAGGGCCUCAUCAAAGCUGCCGUCACCACCGGGGCCUGGAUUCUCACCGGAGGGGUCAACACAGGUGUGGCGAAGCAUGUGGGAGACGCCCUCAAAGAACACUGCUCAAGAUCCUCAAAGAAAAUUUGCACUAUCGGGAUUGCACCCUGGGGAGUCAUUGAAAACAGAAACGAUCUCAUUGGCAGAGAUAUCAUCGCUCCGUAUCAGACACUGCUGAACCCUCUCAGCAAACUCAACGUUCUCAACAAUCUGCAUUCUCACUUCCUCCUGGUGGACGACGGCACGGUGGGCAAAUACGGCGCAGAGGUCAAAUUGCGGCGGGACCUGGAGAAGCACAUCAACCUCCAAAGAAUUCAUGCACGAAUCGGUCAGGGCGUGCCUGUCGUAGCCCUCAUCUUUGAGGGCGGUCCCAACGUGAUCCUCACCGUGCUGGAGUACCUCCAGGAGAGCCCCCCUGUCCCGGUGGUGGUGUGCGAGGGGACCGGCCGUGCUGCUGACAUUCUGGCCUACGUCCACAAGCAAACCGAGGAGGGAGGUGGUCUUCCUGACGGGGUUGAAACGGACAUCAUUGCAACCAUCAAGAAAACAUUCAACUUCAGCCAGAGCGAUGCCAUCCAUCUCUUUCAGACUGUGAUGGAGUGCAUGAAGAGCAAAGAACUGAUCACUGUGUUUCACAUCAGCUCCGAGGAAACCCAGGACAUUGAUGUAGCCAUUCUGAGGGCUUUACUCCAAGGCACUAACGCGUCUGCCUUCGAUCAGCUGGUCCUGACUUUGGCCUGGGACCGUGUAGACAUUGCCAAGAACCACGUGUUUGUGUACGGACAGCAGCUCCUGGUCAGCUCUUUGGAGCAAGCGAUGCUGGACGCACUCGUGAUGGACAGAGUGGACUUUGUGAAGCUUCUCAUAGAAAAUGGCGUGAGCAUGCACCGUUUUCUGACAAUCAAUCGGCUGGAGGAGCUCUACAACCUGAAACAAUCUCCCAAUAACCCAACUCUCCUUCACCUGGUUAGAGAUGUUAAACAGAGUCAUCUUCCUCCAAACUACAAGAUCACUUUGAUCGACGUGGGCCUGGUGAUCGAGUACCUGAUGGGCGGGACUUACAGGAGCAACUACACCCGGAAACGUUUCCGAAUAAUUUACAACAAUCUCCACGGCAACAGUCGGAGGUCUGGGCGUCACAUGGCAGGACCAGGGUCUCACCUGAGGAAAAACCACGAGUCGUUCAGCAUGCAGGCGGACAAGAAGGAGAAAACGAGGCACAACCACUUCAUCAAGACCGCCCAGCCCUACAAACCCAAGUUGGAGUCUUCCGCCGAGCAGAACAAAAAGAGAAGCAAAGAAGAGAUUGUGGACAUCGAUGACCCCGAGACUCGGCGUUUUCCCUACCCUUUCAACGAGCUCCUGGUGUGGGCCGUGCUGAUGAAGAGGCAGAAAAUGUCACUCUUCUUCUGGCAGCACGGAGAAGAGAACAUGGCGAAGGCGCUGGUGGCCUGUAAACUGUGCCGGUCCAUGGGAUACGAGGCCAAGAAGAGCGACGUGGUGGAUGACACCUCGGAGGAGCUGAAGGACUACUCAAAUGAGUUUGGGACUCUGGCCGUGGACCUGCUGGAGCAGUCCUUCAGGCAGGACGAGACCAUGGCCAUGAAGCUUCUGACCUACGAGCUGAAGAACUGGAGCAACUCCACCUGUCUGAAGUUGGCGGUUUCCUCCCACCUCCGCCCCUUUGUGGCUCAUACCUGCACACAGCUGCUGCUGUCCGACAUGUGGAUGGGACGGCUGAACAUGCGCAAGAACUCCUGGUACAAGGUGAUUCUGAGCAUCUUGGUGCCUCCUGCCAUCCUCCUGUUGGAGUACAAAUCCAAGGCUGAGAUGGCUCACAUCCCUCAGAGUCAGGACGACCACCAGAUGACCAUGGAGGACAGCGAACACAACUUCCAGAACAUAGCUGAAGACAUCCAGAUGGAUGUUUUCAAAGAGACCAGAACCCAUGACCAUGUGGAGGUGAAAAACGACAUGGAGAUUCACGUCCGCUCCAGAAAGCUGCCAUUAACCAGGAAGAUUUAUGCCUUCUACCACGCUCCCAUUGUCAAGUUCUGGUCCAACACGCUCUUCUACCUGGGCUACCUGAUGCUGUACACAUACGUCGUGCUGGUGAAAAUGCCUACAUUGCCUUCUCCUCAAGAGUGGGUGGUCAUCCUUUACAUCUUCACCUCAGCCAUUGAGAAAAUCCGGGAGAUGUUUAUGUCCGAAGCGGGCAAAAUCAGCCAGAAAAUAAAGGUGUGGUUCAGCGACUACUUCAACGUGUCGGACUUUCUGGCCAUCGUGACCUUCUUUAUUGGCUUUGGCUUGAGGCUUGCGGGAGGAGCUGCCUUUGUCCCUGGGAGGACAGUCUAUUGUCUGAACAUCAUCUUCUGGUAUGUGCGCCUCCUGGAUAUCCUGGCCGUGAACCAGCAGGCUGGGCCGUACGUCAUGAUGAUCGCUAAAAUGGUGGCCAACAUGUUUUAUAUCGUUGUGAUCAUGGCUGUCGUCCUGCUGAGCUACGGCGUCCCGAGAAAAGCCAUUCUGUACCCAGACGAGGAGCCCAGCUGGACGCUGGCCAAAGAUGUGGUGUUCCAGCCGUACUGGAUGAUGUACGGUGAAGUGUAUGCCUAUGAAAUCGAUGUGUGUGCCAAUAACAGUGAAUCAGCAGUGAAGUCCUUGUGUAAAGCAGGAGUUUGGCUGACUCCUCUCCUACAAGCAGUCUACCUCUUUGUACAGUAUAUACUGAUGGUCAACCUCCUGAUCGCCUUCUUUAACAAUGUGUAUCUCCAAGUGAAGUCCAUUUCUAACCUGGUGUGGAAGUACCAGCGCUACCACUUCAUUAUGGCCUACCAUGAGAAGCCUGUCCUCCCGCCCCCCUUCAUCCUCCUGUGCCAUGUGUACUCCCUCUUCUGUAUGUGUAGAAAGAGGAAGAAAGAGAACACUUAUGGACCAAAGCUUUUCCUCACAGAGGAAGACCAAAAGAAGCUUCAUGAUUUUGAGGAGCAGUGUGUAGAGACAUACUUUCAUGAGAAGGACGAUCAGUUUCACUCCGGAAGCGAAGAACGCAUCCGUCUUACUUCAGAGAGAGUCGAGACGAUGUGUUUGCAGCUGAAGGAGGUCGGAAACAAGGUGAACUUCAUAAAGCGCUCUUUGCACACGUUGGACUCUCAGAUCGGCCACCUGCAGGACCUCUCGGCCCUGACUGUGGACACUCUGAAGACCCUCACCGCUCAGAGGGCGUCGGAGGCCAGCAAGGUCCACAACCAGAUCACCCGGGAGCUCAGUCUGUCCAAGAACGUGGUCCCCAGCAUCGCCCCCGUUCCACCGGACACCGGCCCGCACUCCAAAUCGUCCGUCAUCGGCAGGCGCAGCGCCGGCCCCAGUGCCUUUGUCCAAAGUGCUGUGGCCGUCUCCCCUUCGGAGCUGCGUCUCCGAGGCCACUCCCUCACCCACAGUAAGCUGACCCGUCCACUCGAGCCGGGCUUCUCCGACUCCCCAUCCAGCCUGCCCAACGUGCCCUCCGCCGGGGCUCGCUUCCACAUCAGCAGCACCCCCUCCCACCCCAGUGGCUCCAGCCACCCCGAACUCGCCCUCGCUGGGCUUCACCAGCACCAGCAGCACCUCCAGCCAGACAGCGCCUCCGUAGAGUUUGGGGCUUUUGUGGGGCAUAAAGACAGUGUGGAGCUCCAGCACUCCACACCCAAAGAGGCCGCCACGUCCAGCAGGCAGCAGAGCCCCACCGCACAGAUCCGAUCACAGGCUCAGCCUGAAGGUCACGGUCUUAACAGGGUGGUCAACUCCUACGCUGGCUUCACAGAGUUUGACAGAAGACCAGCUUUCCUUCAUCCCGAGUCAACUCUGACAAAGAGGGACAAGAGCAGAGUGUCUGCGGAGGACAUCCUCUUCCACGAAGACCCCAGAGCUGCACUGCUGGAGAGAGUUCAGGUCAAAUCAGCACAAGCCAGCAGCCUGCGACCUCCUGGAGAAGACACACUCGGUGCUGCCGUAUCUCUGUACACGCCACGCCACGCCCUCCUGGGAGCCAGAAAGGACUCGAUCGGCUCCCCGUUCAAGCCCAUGGAGAGCUACCAGUACUCAGCUGUGGAGCGCAACAACUUGAUGAGGCUGUCUCAGAGUAUUCCCUUCACUCCUGUGCCCCCUCGAGGCGAGCCGGUGACCGUGUACCGUCUGGAGGAGAGCUCGCCCAACACCAUCAACAACAGCAUGUCUUCCUGGGCGCAGCGAGGCCUCUGCGCCAAAAUCGAGUUCCUCAGCAAGGAGGAGAUGGGCGGAGGCCUCAGGCGGGCCCUCAAGGUGCUCUGCACUUGGUCAGAGUACGACAUCCUGAAACCAGGACACCUGUACAUCGUCAAGUCCUUCCUGCCCGAGGUGGUCCAGACGUGGCAGAGCAUCUACAAGGACGACACCGUGCUGCACCUUUGUCUCAGGGAAAUCCAGCAACAACGAGCUGCUCAGAAACUGACGUUUGCCUUUAACCAAAUCAGGCCGAAGGCGAUCCCGUAUUCACCGAGGUUUCUGGAGGUGUUCUUGCUGUACUGCCACUCUGCGGGACAGUGGUUCGCCAUAGAGGAGUGCAUCACCGGCGAGUUCCGGAAGUUCAACAACAACAACGGAGACGAGAUCGUCCCCACCAACCUGCUGGAGGAGACCAUGCUGGCCUUCAGCCACUGGACCUACGAGUACACGCGUGGCGAGCUGCUGGUGCUCGACCUGCAGGGCGUCGGGGAGAUCCUGACCGAUCCUUCCGUUAUAAAGAGUGGAGAGAAGGGAUCUUAUGAUAUGAUAUUCGGACCGGCCAACCUGGGCGACGACGCCAUCAGGAACUUCCGAGCGAAACACCACUGCAACUCUUGCUGUCGGAAGCUCAAACUUCCCGACUUGAAGAGGAACGAGUACACCCCGGACAAGGUGACGUUCCCACAAGAAGACCCUCCUAACCCCGGGGGCGGCGCCAAAGAGCCCCACCGGUCCCUGAGGCUGAUGCUGUGAUCAGAGCGCGAGACGGCGGCGGCGGCGGCGUCUCGUCAGUCUAAAGCCAAGGAGCAGCCCAUCAACUGGAAGGAUCCCCGCUGCGUGUCAGCGGGAGGCAGCGUGCAUGCAGACUGUUGUUGUUGGUCCACCACAAACCAACCAUCUAAACCUUUUUUUUUUUUUUAUAUAUAUAUAAUACGUAAACGAAAUGUUUUAAAUAUUUUAUACAAGUUUGUGAACUGGACAUAUGAACUGGUACUGUGUUGUUGCAGAGGCUUUAUUUAUUAUGACGUUUGAGAAGUUGCCUUGUUUUAUCAAAAAAAAAAAAAAUCUCUAUAUAUAGGAAAAAGAACAAAUCUAAGUGCAUUGUCCAUCUGUUACAGCAGCUUUGGAAAGGACAGCCUGCUGAGACUGAGUCACUGCAACACGGCAGAAAACCACCAGAUCCUUUUUAUAAAUGUAUCAAGACUCGCAUCACACCUUUUUGUCUCUUAGUUAUUGAAAGGAUAUACACGAAUUUGAAAAUCUUGUAACAUAUGGGCAGAUUGCAAUGCAACUUUUACAGAAUAAUGUAUGUAAUUUUAUUGUAUUGAAAGUGUGUCCACUAAAAUAUUGCUGAUAGUUUUUAUUGUUACAAAGGUACUAUUGCAAUUAUCUUUGUCAUCAACUAUUGUAUGAGCAAAUUACAAUCUAGUGUAUCUUAUAGAUACUGUUUAUCUGGCAUGAGCUGAGCAGAUUAAAAUAUUUUAUUCAGGGGACGUGACAAACAUAAGGGUAUUACUGUAUACAUUUUGUACUGGAUUACCAUUUUAAACAAAUAAAAAGAUUCAACAUUA